AGUUUCAAACUGUCCAUAAUUCAUUACAAUUGAAUUUUAAAUACACUCUUAAAAGUUAAUGGGUUUUCCCUUGAAACCCCAUGCUUCAACUAGUCAGAAAUGUUGUAUAAAAAACUUCUCUCAUUAAACAAAAUUGGGACUUUUGCCAAAAGUCUACAGAAACCUAAGAAUGUUACUUUUUGUUCUGAGGUCAUAAGUUGGCGUCUGAUAGCGGUCACACCAACUCGAAGUCUGGCUUCGCUCUCACUUCGCUGGUGGAUAACGUAUCGAGAAGCACGCUAGUAGUAAGUCUAGGAAGGCGCAGAACCACUCGCUCAAGACUACCACACUGAACAGACCAAUCAACAAAACACAAUCAUUGACUGGCAUACGAACGAAGCCACCUGAUUGCGACUGAUUGUACUUUCCCGGCUACAACUCGAGAAUCAGACGCAUCAACGUAAGCUAUAACCUCGUCACCACCUCGGCAAAGUUCAUUCCAUUUUAGCACGAACUCCGGACAGCAAAGAUGACUGACUACGAAGCAUUCUUUAAGGAGGCGGACACAGAUAACUCUGGUUUCCUGACUCUGAGCGAACUAAAGGGAUGCCUCGUAAAGCGAGGGUACAAGGGAACAAGCGGAGAACUUGAGAAUUUGUUCAACAAAGCGGACCAAUCAGGCGACGACAAGAUGUCGUUUGAGGAAUAUAUGGUUGUCAUGGGAGCAGCAUCACCUGAGCAACACAAGGCAGCUAGGAUGAGAGAAGUUUUCAAUGGGUUUGACAAGGACGGUAGUGGUGAAGUGGACAAAGCAGAGAUGGACCAGGUGUUCAAGGAGAUGGGAAAACAUCUCUCUGAAGCUGAAAUCGCGCGUAUGAUACAGCUGGCUGAUACAGACGGGAGCGGCACCUUAAACAUCAGCGAGCUCAUCAAGCACUGUUUCGGUGUGGACAUGUAAACAUAGAUUUUGCACUUGGAGAUUAGAUUGCAUGGAGAUUUGAACAAUCAUUUUGUAUCGACAUCCGUGCUUUCGGACAGUUAGUCUAAGAAUUUUUAUAUAACUUUAUAUUAUAAAUAUGUAUAUCUUAUUAUGGACCCAUUUUAUCAAGUACAAAUGCACUGAUUUAACUGGAUGAAUUUCAGAGAGUGGUCUACGACCAAGUCCUAGGGUCAUCUAGUCUAGAUACGUAGUAUCCGACUAUCUAAGAUCCAGUACAUUUACAAUUGUGUCGUAGGGUUCUUAUCGAAUAUAGAUGGCGGGCACGUCAAUGACUCAAAGACGCUAUUAUGAGAAAGAAAUAUAUAUUAAUAAAAAGACCAGGUCCGUAGCCAGGUGUAUUUCGCCCUGUGCCAAUAUUCUUUCAAAAUCAUGCAGCGCCAUUCGAGUGACUUUGAGCCAACAUAUUAAUGUGACCCCCCCCCCCGAAGCC